CCAGGGUAACCUGCUCAGGUGAGACCCGGCCAGCUCCUGGCAGUCGGACUGAAGGUGAAGAUGAGGCUGCAGGUCUUCCUCGUGCUGCUGGCGGCGACCUGUGCGGCAGGGACGCCGGCGAAGAGCAGAGAGAAGAGGAACAAGCUGCUUCUGGUGUCCUUCGAUGGGUUCAGGUGGGACUACGACCAGGACGUGGACACGCCGCACCUGGACCAGAUGGCGCUGGAUGGGGUCAAGGCCAAGUACAUCACCCCCCCGAUGCUGACUAUGACGGCUCCGUCCCACUUCACCACCAUUACAGGCAGAUGGGUAGAAGACCACGAAGUUGUCCACAAUUUGAUGUUCAACACCACAACAAACCUGAAGGUUCCCUACAAGCAGACCCUGAGCAGAUCCGAGUGGUGGGACAACGGCAUUCUGCCCCUAUGGAUCACAGCUCAGGACCAGGGUUUGAAAACUGCUUCGUUUUUCUUUCCGGGAGGCGCCGCCACCUACAGGGGUCAAAAGGUUAACAGAGUUCGGCUUGAAGAAGCUGGCCACCCUGACGCCAACUACACGGAGUGGUGUCAGAACAUCGACACGGUGAUGAGCUGGUUCUCUGAGGAGGACUUUGAUCUGGUGACCCUGUACUACGGCGAGCCGGACAACGUGGGCCACGCCAAGGGGCCGGAAACCGAAGACAGGAAGAACAUCAUCCAGCAGAUCGACCGCACCAUCGGCUACCUGAGGGGCGCCAUUAAACGCCACAACCUGGACGACAGCCUGGACGUGGUCAUCACCUCAGACCACGGCAUGACCACCGUGAAGAAGCGCCCGCUGGUGGACGAGAUCAUCCUCAACAAGUACCUGAAUCUAUUUGAGCUCGUCAGCUUCGAGAUCCUCGAUUACGGUGGGUUCGGCGUCCUGACGCCGCGCCCGGGGAAGGAGCAGGAGGUGUUUGAUGCUCUGUCCAACGCGCCAAAUCUGACGGUCUACAAGAAGCACGAGAUCCCAGAGAGCUUCCAUCUGGGAAGAAGUGAGCGUCUGCCUCCCAUCGUGGUCGUAGCAGAUCUGGGAUUCAACUUGAACUCGAGAUUCGUCGUUUACAUCAACAAAGGAGACCAUGGCUUCCAUAACGGAGAGAUGGACAUGAAGACCAUCUUCAGAGCCUUCGGACCGAGCUUCAAGAAGAACUUUGUGUCCGAGCCGUUCGACAGCAUCCACAUCUACCCCCUGCUGUGCAAACUGCUGCGGAUCGAACCCGCGCCGCACAACGGGUCCCUGGAGGUGACGGAGGCCAUGCUGUGGUCCGGAGGGGAAUCCCAGGGAGCCCGGUUCUCCGUGGUUCUGCUGCUGCCCCUGCUCCUCUCCACCGCGCUGUAACGGACCCAGGACCAGACCCGGAUCAUGCCCUGACCGCCUACCUCCACAUCCAGCAGAAAUGGUACCGAAGAUGUCUAAACAGGUCCGGGGAUCCUGGUACCAGACCACCGCUGAUCCGUUUGUUGAGUCGGCUUCAUGAUUCUGAAUAAAGUUUCUCUUUGCUCUUCUU